AUGUCUUUACCUUUAUCAGCCUGGGGCGAUUUUCUCAUGCGAGAAAAUGAGGAUGCGCUGCGAGGGUGGUGGUGCUGCUGGUCUGCUGCUGCUGGUGCUCUGGUGCUGGUGCUGGUGCUGGUGCUGGUGCUGGUGGAGCGCAUUGACAUGAGCCGCAUCGACGGGGAGGAGCUUUCACCAGAGGAGCUCGCUCCAAUCGCGCACAAGUGUGGCCCCAGCGCGUGGCGCUGGAGGGUCCGGGAGUGGCGGCCGCUGCCCAGAGGCCAAGCCCUGGGCAUGCAGGCCGCGCCUGUGCAGGCGGAAGACCCUGACUUCGAGGACUUCGCCUUCUUCGCAGGGCUCGCGGAAGCCAACUCCACGCCCUCCGAGUCGGUGGAGUUGGAUGAGGCUGCGGUGAAGGCCCAGCAGGCCCAACCGCCGGCCAAGCCAGAGACGAGGCAGCUUUGCCGCCAGGAGCUUGAGCUGCGGAGGGAGGUCGAGGAGCGGGAAGCUGCUGAGCGAGAGCGAAGAGAGGAGAAGCGAAGGAGACAUGAAGAGGAGCGGGAGGAGCAGAGGCGAAAAGAGGAGGCCAUUCGAAGAGCGGAGGCGGCCCGAGAGGAGCAGAGACGAAAGGACGAGGCCAUUCGACGAGCGGAGGAGGAGCGAGAAAGACGCGCCAAGUCGCGACAGCAGCAGGAGGAAGAUAAGAAGCGGAGUGAGCAAGACCGCCUGGAGACGGUGAAGAAGAGGGCGGAAGAGAUUGAGCGCCGGCGCAAGGCGGAGGAAGAGUUCCUGGUGAAAGCGGAGGCCAAGAAGAAGGCAAAAGUCAUCGAGGUAAAGGCGCCAGUGGCCUUGCCAGCUGCAGGCUCCCUCUCCGCGUUGCUCCGCGGCGACCCGGAUCCGUCAGCGGCGCCGGAGCACGCCGCCGCGCCGGCGGCGGAGGAGCCCAGAGCGAAGCGGAGGAGCAGAAGCCCCAGGAAAGAGAGCGCUGCCAAAGAGCAGAGCAAGGAGGUGCCGAGAGCAGCCGAGGUGGAGGCUCCUGCCAAUGUCGGCUCUGCGGAGGAGCCAGUGGGCUGGGUGCCUUCCGGCCAUGUGUGCGACUACUGCCAGAAGCAGGUCGCAGCCGGCGGCGGGGUCUUCUGCGGCCGGCGCCGGGAUGGCCAAGUCAAAGGUUGUGGAGCUGCAGUGUGCUGGAGGUGCAUGAACCGAUCUUCCAAGGAUGCCAACUUUGGCAAGGUGCGCACGAAAAAGGCAGAGUUCGAGUCCCUGGGAGAAGAUGCCUGGUGGAUGCACGAGGCCUGCAUGGAGGAGGUGGAUCAUGAGGACUACUACAAAGGCGACGAAGACGAGGCUGCUUUUGCCUGGGAGUGA